CAUUUGUUUUCCACACUGGCUCCAGCAUUCAGCAAGUCUGGGUACAGUCAAGAACAGAAUGGCCAUUUUCUAGGAAGGGAUCCUGCAUGACGUAUGACUGUUUUCUGGCAGAAGCCUUGGAGGACCAGUAGUGAGAGCAGAAUUGGAGCUGACAAGUCUGCAUCUUGGGGGAAGCUGUGAUCUAGUGGAGUGCAGAACAGAAGCACUCAAUCACUGCAGCCGUAAAUAGGAGGCAGGGGAACAAAUCCACAGCGCAGGAAGGCACAAGAAGCUGUUUGUUGGUGGGGGAAUUAAAAGGCAUUUUUGGUGUAUGGGAUGAAGCCAGCCAUGGAAACUGCAGCAGAGGAAACGACGGAACAAAGCCAAGAGAGAAAAGUGAACAGCAGCAGUCAAGAAAUGGAAAUUGGCAGGUACCACUGGAUGUACGGGAGUUCAAGGCCACCGCAAGUGCCAACAAUGAGCGGCAGUAUGAGUCCCUUGGGUGCUGGAGGUUGCUUUGAAUGCUGCAUUAAGUGUUUGGGAGGAGUUCCAUAUGCUUCACUCGUGGCGACCAUUCUAUGCUUUUCUGGAGUGGCUCUCUUCUGCGGCUGUGGCCAUGUCGCCCUCACUGGCACCGUUUCCAUCCUUGAACAGCACUUCUCCUCAAAUGCCAGUGACCAUGCUCUUCUUACUGAAGUAAUCCAGUUAAUGCAGUAUGUGAUCUAUGGAAUCGCCUCCUUCUUUUUCCUGUAUGGGAUCAUUCUGCUGGCAGAAGGUUUCUACACUACCAGCGCAGUGAAGGAAAUGCACAGUGAAUUUAAAACCACGGCGUGUGGACGGUGCAUUAGUGGAAUGUUUGUGUUUCUUACCUACAUCUUGGGGGUGGCCUGGCUUGGAGUAUUCGGCUUUUCUGCAGUUCCUGUUUUCAUGUUUUACAACAUCUGGUCGUCUUGCGAAGUUCUCAAAGGACUGAAUGUAAAUUAUACUACCACAGCGGACCAGAUCUGUGUGGACAUCCGGCAGUAUGGAAUAAUUCCAUGGAAUGCCUUGCCCGGAAAAGCUUGUGGAUCAGCAUUGGGGAACAUAUGCAGUACCAAUGAGUUCUACAUGUCCUACCACCUUUUCAUUGUGGCCUGUGCUGGGGCAGGUGCUACUGUUAUUGCACUGAUCCACUUCCUCAUGAUUCUGGCUUCUAAUUGGGCCUACUUAAAGGAUGCGAGCAAAAUGCAGGCCUACCAAGACAUUAAAGCUAAAGAAGAGCAAGAACUUCAAGACAUCCAGUCACGGUCAAAAGAACAGCUCAAUUCGUACACAUAAAAGCAUGACAGCAUGAAAAGCAGUAGCCUUUUAAGAUUAAUCAAUUAAUGCAGAUGUGUACCAUUAAAAGAAAUCUGAACGAGCUACCGGGAGUUAUAUUAUACAGUUUUACAACUGCAGCAAGUAAUGUUCUUACUUUCCCCCCCAUACUUUGUGAUCUCAGGCAUUUUAAAAUGAAGCACUUUAUAAAGUAUCAAGUGUUUUUUUUCAUCCUCUCGGUGGAAUAUCCAUUUCCUAAAUGGAGGUAGUCAGAUGUAGAGAAGCAGCAGGUUCAUACUUGGUUCCAUAUCAAGUCUAUUAUGUUCAUUUCCAUUAUUUCACGUACAUGUUAGAUUUCUAUAAAGUGUUGCCAUUUUGAAAUGAAUCAGUGGCCCAAAAACAUUUGUACAUAUAAUACCUUUCAGAAUGCUCAAAAAAGGAGCUGAAGUGUUAUAAACCUCUACUGGGCAUCAGGGACACUUCUCUUCAUUUUGUUCUCCCUUUUCUUUUUUUCCACUUUAUAAAUAUAAAUGCACCAACCAUCUACACACCACAGAGACGGCUAGUUUGUGAGCUGGAGAAUGGGACGACCAAUUCAUUGGAAACUUGGUUUUACCUCAUUCACCUGACCAGAUUGUAGGUCUAAGUUCUCUUCCAUAACAGUUUGCCAAAACAGAUUCCCAAUUGGCUGUGAUCCAAUCUCAUUAUUGGCCAAAAAAAUUUCAGAAGAGUGCGCAAGAACCUUUUGUCAUGUAAACAAGAACGAACACCUUGGUAGGGUUCCUAGUUUUAAUGGUGGACUGGUGGAGAGAAAACCUGCACAGCUAAUGAAAUGGCUGCCUGCAUUUUGUAUUUAGAUGAUGGAUCCAAGUUAACACAUCUUUAAUUAAUAGUGUUAGUGUUAGGUAAUGAUGAUCAACAAAAAUGACAGUGAUGCAUUGAAUAUAUAGUAUUACAUUGUUGUUGUAGGUCAUUCCUAUUUCUAUAGUUGAUUGUGAUUUUUGUUUUGACAGUUGCACUUCCAAAAUAUAUGGAAAAAAAAAAAGUGAAAAGAAACAAAAAAAAAAAAACAUACAAAUGUGAAUUGUAGACGGUACAUAAAGAUAAUAAUGUCCGGUCUACUUGACCUAAAGAGUUGACUAAUUGUUGAUUGAAAUGUUAACAGACAGUGUUCAGGUAUUUUGUUCGGUUCCAAACCUGAAAGGACAUUUUGUUUUUGACAAUUUCAGAAUUGAGGCGUAUAUUGUAUUUAGAGAAAAUAAUAUUACCAUAAUAGCCUAGCUUUUUGUUGAAGCCAAUGCAUGGAAAACUCGUAAUUCUACUGCAAUGCAGGUGAUUGUUCUAGCCAGUGUCCUAAUGUACGGAUAACGAAGGCAAUGUCUUAAUUUUUUUUUUUUCUAUUCCGUGUAGUUGACUCAAGUUUUCUUUUCAAGAUCCUGUUUAGUGUAAUUAUUUUUAUGUAAAAAAGCAUUUACAUUUUGCUAUGUAUAAAUUUUUGUAACCUAACAGUGACUCAAUAUUUUCUAUCAGUGCCAAGGGCUUCCUGUAGUUAUAUCGAAGUGUUAUAAUAAAUAUUUGUAGAUAAACCUC